AUGGCUACUGCUGAAUCACCUGACAUGAACUCUAAAAUCAUUAACCUCAUCCCUACAAUUAUCACCACUGUUGAUAACAACAUUCUCAACAUAAUUCCUGAAGAUCAUGAGGUCAAGGCUAUUCUUUUUAGCAUGGCCAAAGAUAUAGCUCCAGGUCUAGAUGGUUUUCCACCAAAUUUCUUCCAAGCAAACUGGGAUAUUGUAGAAGAAGACUUAGUUAAAAUGUCUGCCUUCAUAUCUGGAAGACAAAUUGCUGAUAAUAUAGCUAUUGCCCAUAAAAUUAUUCACUACAUGAGAACCAGAGGAGGUCUCAAGGGCAAUAAAGGAAGCAUGAGGAUCAAGAUUGAUAUGGCUAAAGUAUUUGAUAGAGUGGAUUGGAAAUUCCUUCAUACCAUUAUGACAAAAAUUGGCUUUGAUUCUGAAUGGUGUAACAAGAUUAUGCAGUGCAUCUCCACUACUUCUUCAGCUGUCCUGAUAAAUGGCUCCCCUGAUAAAUUAUUUAAUCCUUCUAGAGGUCUCAGACAAGGGGAUACUCUAUCGCCAUGCUUAUUUCUUUUCUGCAUGGAAGCUCUGUCCAGAACUUUGUCUCAUGCUAAAGACUUGGGCAUUAUCUCUGGAGUACAAAUCUGCAAGAAUGCUCUAUCUAUAAACCAUCUUAUUUUUGUUGAUGACUGUAUGGUCUUCUGCAAAGCCAAUCCUACUGAAGCCCAAAACCUCAAGAACAUCCUCAACAUCUUUGGAGAUACUUCUGGUCAACUCAUCAACUUCAACAAAUCUGGUAUCUUCUUCAGCAAGGACACUGACCCAGCUCUAAUGCUUCAUAUCUGCAAUCUACUAGGAGUUCAAGCUCUACCUCUAAAUGACAAGUACUUAGGCUCUCCUCUAUUUACUCACAGAAGCAAAAUCCAAUCUUUCAAACCAGGAGUGGAUAAGAUGAAGAGAAUCUGUCAAGUUGGAAGAAUUCCCCUCUAA